UUAAAUUUAUAGAUCAUAGAUAUAUAGCCCAAAACCCAACAAAAGAAACAAACCCUAAUCGCAUCUCCCGCUACGUACUCCCUCAUGAUCUCUCUCCUUCACACGCAAACUGCAGGAAGCAUGGGGUUGAGGGAUAUAGAGUCCAGUUUGCCGCCGGGGUUCAGGUUCUACCCGAACGAUGAGGAGUUGGUGUGCCACUAUCUCUGCAGGAAGGUGAGGAGUACCGAGGGAGCCGUGGAGGGAACCAUGGUGGAAGUGGACCUGCAUACUCACGACCCGUGGGAACUCCCUGAUGUGGCCAGGCUGAACGCAAAUGAAUGGUACUUCUUCAGCUUCAGAGACCGCAAAUACGCAACUGGCUCAAGAAGCAAUCGAGCGAGCAAGUCUGGAUACUGGAAGGCCACUGGAAAGGACCGAAUGGUCUGCGACCCGUCGACCCGUGGGGUUGUAGGGUUAAGGAAGACGUUGGUCUUUUACCGAGGGAGAGCUCCGAACGGGAUCAAAUCCAGUUGGGUCAUGCAUGAGUUUCGCCUUGAGAACCCCCAUUCACCUCCAAAGGAGGACUGGGUACUCUGUAGGGUAAUGCACAGGAGGAAAGGAGAGGAGCAAGAGACCAAAAUCGGCUCAUCACCUCCUUUAAUUGGGGACCAGCCCUUAAGCUUGCAAAGCUAUAGGGAGAUUAGCUCUUCACCCUGCAAUGCUCCAAAUCAAGAGAACAACAAUAAUAACAGCAAUAGCUCAAGGUUCAUUGAUGAUGAUGAGUCCAAUUUGCCGCAGUGCAGCUUCCAUGACUUCACUCCCCAACUGGAAAUAGAGUCUUGUGGUGGAGAUGAGUUGGGUUUGUUCUUGGAUGUGGGCCCAAGUUGGCAAACUUAGGAGAUUAUUGAAGGGUUUGUGUAAUUUAUUUAUGGCUAAAUUUUCAAAAUAGACCUUAUUAGUAAUUUAUUUUUAGCAAACGGCCCCUUUGAGAUUUAAUUGUCAUUUUCGACCUAGUUUCAGCCACCUGGCUGAAACAGGUUCGAAAAUGGCAAAUAAAGUUCAAAAAUUUCACGAGAUUUAAAAUCUCGUGAAGUUUAGUUCUUGAUUAACCACGCUAAUGAAGCUGCAGAAGUUCGAAAACUUCACGGAAUUUAAAAUCUCGUGAAGUUUAUUGCUUGAUUAACCGCGCUAAAAUUCACGGGAUUUAAAAUCCCGUGAAGUUUUUGAAAUUUAUUUACCAUUUUCGACUUGGUUUCAGACAGCUGGCUGAAACUAGGUCGAACAUGAUAAUUAAAUUUUAAAGGGUUUGAUUUUUAAAAAUAAAUUUCUAAUAGGGUUUAUUUUGAAAAUUUGUCCAUUAUUUAUUAUUAGAUGCAUAGAGUUGUGGUGUAUAGUUUAUUUCUGUAAAUGUCUAGUUAGAUGGUAUGUAUAGUUGAAUUGGAUUGUCCAAUGUCAUGUAGACGCCACUCUUG